AUGGCGAUCGCGGCUGUCGGUCAGAUCUGUUCCACGGCGUCUCUGUCCCACAACCUCGAGCAGUGCGUGAGACUCGUCGCCAAGGCCGCCGUUGGUGGUGCCAAAGUCCUCUUCCUCCCCGAAGCCGCAGAUUACAUCGCCUCGAGCCCCCAAGAAUCCCUCUCCCUGGCCCAACCGCAAUCCAACUCCCCCUUCGUUCUCGGUCUCCAGGAAGCAGCCAAGGCCCAUUCCGUCGCCGUGAACGUCGGCAUCCACGUCCCCGUCCCAGCAACCGCCACCGCCACCGCCGCCGCAACAGACGUUCACAAGUCAGCACCAGCCCCAGCCUCGAAACUUCUCAACCGGAGCCUCUGGAUCAACGCGGACGGCACCAUAAACCAAGCCGCAACCUACGACAAGCUCCACCUCUUCGACUACGGCGCCCUCCGAGAGAGCGCAACGGUCCAAGCCGGCCCCUCUCUGACGGCCCCGUUCCCCACACCCGUCGGCCGCGCCGGCAGCCUCAUCUGCUUCGACCUCCGCUUCCCGGAACCGGCCCUAGCCCUGACGCACCCGGGCCCCAAGAGCCCCUUUCUCUCCAACAACGGCGGCGGCGGCCCCGCUCAGGUCUUGCUUUACCCCUCCGCCUUCACCAUCCGGACGGGCCAGGCGCACUGGGAGACCCUCCUGCGGGCCCGCGCCAUCGAGACGCAGAGCUGGGUCGUCGCCGCGGCGCAGGUGGGCGCGCAUAACCCGAAGAGGAGCAGCUACGGGCACAGCAUGGUCGUCGACCCAUGGGGCCAGGUCAAGCUGGAGCUGGGCGGCGUGGACGCCGAAGGUAGGGCGGAGGAGGGCGCCGAGGGGGCCAUUGGCUUCGUUGACGUGGAUUUGGAGGAGUGGGCGAAGGUCAGGGAGGGUAUGCCGUUGGCCAGACGGAUGUGA